AUGCUGAGCCAGCGUUUGGUGCGCGCAGCUGCCGGCGCAGCGACCCCCCGCACGGCGCUGCGAGCCGCCUUCUCCACCACUGGCCAGCCAUGCACCAAGACGCCCGGCAUGGCCGACAUCAGCGCUUCGCCCCAGAGCGUCGAAGAAUUCAACAAGAGGCAGCAGGCAUUCCGAGAGCAGUUGGUUGACCAGCAGAGCAGCGGAAGCAAUGCCUCUUCUGCAGGAUCCAAGGCCGACGCCAAAGAGCCUACCAAGAAGGCCGGUCCGCUAACGAACCUCAUCUAUGGGACCAAGGAAGGGCGCGAGCUCGAGGCCCAGCUCGAGGCGAGCUUCAGCCAGGUCCUUGCCCGCGGCAAAUAUGUUCACACCAUCUCCUUCCACGAGGUCAAGCAGGACAGGCUCGAGGAGUACGUCGACCUCAUCAGCAAUUGGUACCCCAAGAUGGCCGCUCUGCCCGAGAACAAGGUCCACCUCGUGGGAAGCUGGAGAACCGAGAUUGGCGACACCAACACCUUUGGUGAGUACACGCCCACCUGCACCUGCACUGACAGCAGCCGCAGGAGAAGCUCCGCAGCCUCAUCCACUCCAGGAAGAACUCCCUCAUGCAGGAGUUCUCCUUCUGGCCCACGACGCCCCCGCGCAAGCUCGGCGGCAUCUUUGAGCUGCGCUCGGUACACCCUGCACCCGGGCAACCUGCUCGAGUGGGAGACGCACUGGAGGCGCGGCCUCAAGGCCCGCCGCGAGGUCAUGGAGGGCGUCGGCGCCUGGUUCGUCCAGAUUGGCGACCUCAACACCGUCCACCACCUCUGGCAGUUUGCCAACCUGGAGGAGCGCAAGAUCCGUCGCGAACAGAGCUGGCAGAUUGAGGGAUGGAGCGAGACGGUCCACAAGACGGUGCCCCUCAUCCAGAAGAUGGAGUCGAGGAUCCUGACGCCUAUGCCCUGGUCACCAGUGCAAUAA